AUGUCAGUGAUUGUUACUCAAGAAUCCGUUAAACUUAUGAUGACAAGUAAAGACUAUGUUACUCGUAAGGAAACUUGUGAAUUUACAUAUAAGUGUACAAUUAAAAACUCUCGUCAGAUGACAGCUGGAGAUACAAUUAUAACACCAACUUUUUCAACUCAUUAUUCUAAUUUUGACGAUGAAUGGGUUUUGAGAGUGAGUCCAGUUUGGUCGACAACUACACAUGAUCUGUCGCAAGUUACAAUAAACUUAAUACUUCAAUCAUUCAAUUGUGAUAAUUUUUUUCAAUUACAUACCGAUUGGAAAAUAUCAGUUGAUGGAAAUGAAAAAACUGAAAAUAAUUUUACUUCCGAUCGAUUUCAAGACAGAAGAACUUCAAGUCAAGACAAAAUGUGUUAUGUUUUAAAAUCAACUGACUGGACAUAUCCAUUGUUCAGAUACAUGCAAACUGAUGAACUUAAUAUUUGUUGUACAAUAACAAUAAUGGCUAAGAAACGAGAUAAUAUUUUUAAUAAAAUGCCAAAAAUUAAUGUAAAACCACAACUGAACGAAGACUUGAAAAAACUUUUGUUACAUGAAGAAUCAGCUGAUGUUUCCAUUAAAGUAGGUCAUAAAUCAUUUCGUGCAAUCAAAGGCAUUCUUGGAGCACGCAAUGUUUUUGAAGAAUUUUUACGUUAUAUUUAUACUGAUAAAUCACCAAAUGUUGACAAAAUGCCAAUGGAACUACUUGCUGUUGCUGAAAAAUAUCAGGUUGAUCGCCUCAAAAAUAUUUGUGAAGAAGAAAUUUGCAAAACGAUAGAUUUUGAUAGUGUUGCAAGUAUACUUAUUUGUUCUGAUACAUAUAGACUUAAAAAACUGAACAAAAUGUGUUUGAAAUUUAUGAGACAAAAUUUACAAGCUAUUUUGUCAAAUGAGAUAUUUAAAAUUUACAAAGAUAAAUAUCCUAAACUUUUUUAUGGUGUUCUUGAGGGGUUGCUAUUGUCAUAA